GUGGGAGUAAUUGAUCGUGAAUAUUAUGACAUUUUAGAAGUGGACCCUUUAGCAGAUAAUUUGACUAUUAAAAGGGCUUAUAGGCGUCUUGCCAUUAGGUUUCAUCCGGAUAAAAAUCCAGAUAAUCCCGAGGAAUCAAGAGAAAAAUUUCAAAAAAUCGGAGAAGCAUAUCAAGUUUUAAGUAAUCCAGAGCUUAGAAGGAAGUAUAAUAUGUAUGGGAAAAAAGAAGCAACACCAGAUCAAGGAUUUUGUGAUCCAUCAGACUUUUUUGCUAAUCUUUUUGGCGGGGAGGCAUUUGUUGAUCUCAUUGGUGAAAUAUCAUUAAUCAAAGAUCUUACAAAAGCAUUAGAAAUUGCAGAAAUGGAAAAGAAGCCUAAGAAUGAAGAUACUAGUGUGUCUAUAAAAUCAAAUAUUGCAUUAUCUUUUUCAGAUAAAAAAACUAUUACAUGUUCAAGUCCACCGUCACCAGUUUCAACAAUCUCAGAAACAGAAAAAAAUACGCAAAAGAAUUAUAAAAAAAGGGGAUUGACAAAAGAGCAACAGGAAGAAUUAUUAGCUUUUGAAAAAGAAAAAGCAUCUGUACGAAAAAAGCGUGUCGAACAUCUUGCAAACAAGUUGGUCGAUCGAUUAAAUAUAUGGACAGAAAGUACUAAAGAUGAGCUUACUACUAGAGCAUUUCAAGAAAAAAUAAAGUAUGAAGCAGAAAAUCUUAAAAUGGAAUCAUUUGGUGUAGAAUUAUUAAAUGCUAUUGGUGUAAUAUAUAUACAAAAAGGAACCUCUUUGCUUAGAUCUCAAAAAUUUUUAGGCAUUAGUGGCAUUUUUAGUAAAAUUAAAGAAAAAGGAAUUAUAGCUAAAGACAUCUUCGGCACUAUUUCAAGUGCACUAGAUGCACAAAUGACAGCAGAACAGUUGUCUAAGCUGGAAGAAAAAGGGGAAGAUUGGGAUAGUAUACGUAAAAUUGAAUUGGAAAAAGAAAUGACAGGAAAAAUAUUAUUAGCAAGUUGGCGCGGUGCAAAAUUUGAAGUUUCUGGAGUAUUAAGGCGGGUUUUAUAUUCAACAAAAGAUGUAUGUGAUAAAGUAUUAUCAAAAUCAAUUCCUUUAGAAAAACGUAUAGAACGUGCACGUGCUUUAAUAAUGAUAGGUGCUAUAUUCUGCGAGACACAACCUGACCCUGGGGAUGAAGGAAGAGUUUUCGAGGAACUUAUGCGGAAUUCUACUAAAAAAAAGAAGUGA